AUGUUGGAAAGUACCAAGAGGAAUUCUCGGUUGAUGGUUAGUGACUUGCUGGGGCGGAGCAAUAAGGUAGAAGCACUUGUGAAGAGAGGAGAUUGCAUGGGUUUUAAUUCUAUGAAAAGGAAAAGAGGGAGAGCAAAAAGGUAUGAAUUUAUUUCCAGCACAUCGGCCUUUAUCUUCGUGGCGCUAUGGUCUAUGAAGAAUGCAUCAGAAUCUCUGAUUGGUUGA